AGGAAAUCUCAUAAGACUUCUCUGGCAGAUGAAUCAAUUUUCGAUGAGUAUCAAUACUCACUUUUAAAUUUUAUUAUGAUUAUAUAUAAUCAUUAUGGAGAAGACGAGAGCUUGAAGUUGGAAUUUUCUCAUUUACCCGUGUAAGUGUAGAGUGGGGGUUGAGUUGUGUGUGAGUGAACCAACAGAGUUCCCAGUAUCGUUCGUCACGAUUAUCACAGAAAGUACCAGGAAUCCGCCUGCUGUACUUCCAUAUCUGCAGGCGUUCAUGCUCCAUGAACGGUGACUCAGAUACUUAGUUUAUUCGAAUCACUGUGAAAUAUCUCCGUAAUCUGUCAAAAUGUUUUCCUGGCUGACCCGCGAGGGCAAUGACAAGCAGGACAUCUUUGACAAUGUCACUCAAGGCUUGAACCACAUUUACAAGACCAAACUGCUGCCCUUAGAACAGCACUAUCAGUUCCAUGACUUCCAUUCACCUCAGCUCGACGAUCCAGACUUCGAUGCUAAACCCAUGAUCUUACUCGUGGGUCAGUACUCGACCGGAAAGACAACCUUCAUAAAAUAUCUGCUGGAGCGAGACUUCCCAGGGAUUAGAAUUGGACCGGAACCGACUACGGACCGUUUCAUAGCAGUUAUGUACGAUCAAAAAGAAGGCGUAAUCCCAGGGAAUGCCCUCGUGGUGGAUCCCAGCAAGCAAUUCCGUCCGUUAGCAAAGUUCGGAAAUGCUUUCCUGAACCGACUGCAAUGCUCAAUGGUUGCAUCACCAGUUCUAAAAGGCAUAUCAAUUGUGGAUACUCCUGGAAUUCUCUCUGGAGAAAAACAGAGAGUGGACAGGGGUUACGACUUCACUGGAGUCCUCGAAUGGUUCGCCGAAAGAGUUGACAGGAUAAUUCUGCUGUUCGAUGCCCACAAACUGGACAUUUCUGACGAAUUCAGACGCUCCAUCGAAGCCCUCAGGGGGCACGACGACAAAAUCCGCAUUGUUUUGAAUAAAGCUGAUAUGAUUGACCAUCAACAACUGAUGAGAGUCUACGGAGCUCUCAUGUGGUCCUUGGGGAAGGUCCUCCAGACCCCCGAAGUGGCUAGGGUUUACAUCGGGUCAUUCUGGGACCAACCACUGAGGUACGAUGUCAACAGAAGACUCUUCGAGGCCGAGGAGCAGGAUCUUUUCAAAGACAUGCAGUCACUGCCGAAAAAUGCCACUCUCAGGAAACUCAAUGACUUGAUCAAACGGGCGAGACUUGCCAAGGUCCACGCCUACAUCAUUAGCGCCCUCCGGAAGGACAUGCCCAGCGUUUUUGGAAAGGAUGCGAAGAAGAAGGAGCUGAUUAAGAAUUUGGGGCAAAUUUAUGAUCAGCUCCAGAGGGAGCAUCAGAUCUCUCCGGGAGAUUUUCCAGAUUUAAAGAAAAUGCAGGAGAGUCUGGCCCAUCAUGAUUUCACCAAGUUCAAUCCCCUAAAACCAAGACUGUUAGAAGUAGUUGAUAAAAUGCUUGCUGAGGAUAUCGCUAAACUGAUGGCGAUGAUCCCACACGAGGAAGUUAGCAGCACGGUGGAACCGAUGAUCAGAGGGGGUGCUUUUGAAGGAGUUGAGGAUCAGAUCAGUCCCUUUGGGUAUAAAAGAGGUGAGGGAAUUGAUGCUGGUGCGGGUGAACCGGAAUGGAUUGUCAACAAGGAGCGUUACAAAUAUGAUAGUCUGUUUGACAGUCUGGGACCAACCGAUGGAAAAAUUACUGGAGCAGCCGCUAAAUUGGAAAUGGUAAAGUCCAAGCUACCUAACAGUGUGCUUGGGAAAAUAUGGAAACUUGCGGAUUACGACAAAGACGGUUUCCUCGAUGCAGAUGAAUUCUCUCUGGCAAUGCAUCUGAUAAACGUGAAACUCGAUGGCUACGACCUACCCACAGAGCUCCCAGAACAUUUAGUUCCACCAUCGAAACGAGGAAUGUAUGCAUGAUGAAAUGAAAAAUUAUUCGCCCUGGCUGAGAUAAAUUAAGACUAAAAUUUGUGACAGGCAAUGGGAAUUUAAUUUUUGAUAUGAAAUUUGAAAGGGUUCUUUUAGCACUGAUCAAUUUUUAUGCUCUUUGUAUUCGAGAAAACACUCAUGAUUGUCAUGGUAAUCCACCAACGAGGUAAGUCAACUUAUCUCACCUUGUUUUCUACUGAAUAUCUAAAAAAUUACAGGAAAUGGCGGAAUUUUUCUAAUAACAUUUUUUUGUAGAGAAAAAUGAAUUCCAUUGCAUCUAGAUUUUUAGAUAUUUAUCUAAAAAUAAGGCCAUUUCACAACAGAAAUGUUUCUACAUCACUGUUGCAUAAUAAUUUAUUGAAGCAAGCUAUAUCGAAAAACGAAGAAAUAAGAGAACAAAACAAAUUAUAUUUUUAUUAAGACUUUAAGAAAAUUUACAAAAACUAUUGAUUUGUAAGAGAAUUAUUUUGCUGAAUCAAUAUGUUCUGUAAGAAAUUGAAAAAAUGAUGUAUAUAGGUAAAGCUUUAAGAAAUCGACUUUGUACACUGCAUUUAACGUUCGUUCGAUAUUUUUUGAGCUCUAUCAACUAGCUUUCUGCACAACAAAGUUUUUGACUACAAAAUUAUGAUUCAAAAUUUUGGGAGAAGACCAUUAAAAACAUUUUAAAAACUCAAUAAUUUUUUUUUCCUCCAAUCUUGUCUUCUGCCACUCUCCGAAGCAUUUAAGCUGCAGAGAUACUUAAAAAUUAAUCUGCCAGCCUUACUUUGCUAUUGAAUUUUUUUUCCAAUGACGUUUGUAAUAGCCUUUCAUCAAUGAUAAAUAGAAGAAUCGAAGGAGUGUUCAUCGAACAAAAUAACUCAUGACUGUAAGUACCAUGAUGUUGAAUGUACACACAGCUGCACAAAAUACGUUUCUAUUUAUUUUAUGAUUUACUCAUCAUCAUUCCCACUGUGUUCAGAAAUAGAACAGAAAGUACCUAUUAAAUAAAAAAAAGUGAUGAGGUUCAA